AUCAACCUAAAAAUAUCGAAAAUGAUAUUAAUAUAGAAUUAACUAUUCAGAGCCAAUAUGAGUUAAUCGAAUUUAGAAAAGCUGAGCUAGAAGAAGAUAAAAAGAUUUUUAAAUCUUUAUUAGAUAUUGUUUUAGAUAAUAUUGAGAAUGAUCACUUUUAUAAUGCAUACCAAAAACUUAAACAACCCUUAGUUACUGAAACAACCGCUUGUCAAGAAGCCUUAAGAGCAAGAAGUCAACAACAAACUUGGAAGCCUCCUCGUGGCUCAAAGCUUGCAUUUUGGUUACAAUAA